AUGUUCAAGCUCGCCCGCGGCAGACCCAUUGCGGCAGCUUUGAGAGCUGCGACGGAGACUUCCGUCCCGGCCCGUUUCGGUCAGCAACAGAGAAACCUUUCGAUUCAUGAAUAUCUGUCGGCGAAUCUCCUCAAGUCGUACGGUAUUGGAAUGCCCAAGGGCGAGGUUGCUCGCUCUGCAGAGGAGGCCGAGUCCGUUGCCAAGUCUCUCGGUAAUGAUGACAUGGUCAUCAAAGCACAGGUCCUUGCCGGUGGUCGUGGUAAGGGUUCUUUUGACAACGGUCUCAAAGGUGGUGUGCGCGUCAUCUAUUCCUCCACCGAAGCCAAGAUGUUCGCCGGCCAGAUGAUUGGACACAAACUGAUCACGAAGCAGACUGGUGCCGCCGGUCGUCUUUGUAACUCCGUGUACAUUUGCGAGCGCAAGUUCGCUCGUCGUGAAUUCUACCUUGCUGUUCUUAUGGACCGUCAAUCUCAGGCCCCUGUUAUUGUUGCAUCGUCGCAGGGUGGCAUGGACAUCGAGGCUGUUGCCAAGGAGAGCCCCGAGGCUAUUCUCACCACCCCAAUUGAUAUCAAUGUUGGCGUGACCGACGACAUUGCCCUAAAGAUUGCUACCGAGCUGGGCUUCUCUGAGCAGUGCAUCCCCGAGGCCAAGGAUACUAUUCAGAAACUGUACAAGGUUUUCAUGGAGAAGGAUGCUACCCAGAUUGAGAUCAACCCUUUGUCGGAGACUUCCGACCAUCAGGUCAUGGCUAUGGAUGCCAAAUUGGGCUUCGAUGACAACGCGGACUUCAGACAGAAAGAAGUCUUCUCGUGGAGGGAUACUACCCAAGAAGAUGCCGACGAGGUCAAGGCUGCCGAGCACGGAUUGAACUUCAUCAAGCUCGACGGUGACAUUGGAUGCUUGGUCAACGGUGCCGGUCUUGCCAUGGCCACCAUGGACAUCAUCAAGCUCAACGGUGGUAGCCCUGCUAACUUCCUCGAUGUUGGCGGUGGUGCUACUCCGGCUGCCAUCAAGUCUGCUUUUGAGCUAAUCACGAGCGAUCCCAAGGUGUCGGCGAUCUUUGUCAACAUCUUCGGUGGUAUCGUCCGUUGUGACGCCAUUGCCCAAGGCUUGAUCAACGUGGUGCAGGAGAUGGGUCUUCGCACCCCCAUCGUCGCUCGACUGCAGGGCACCAACAUGGAGCACGCACAUAAGCUGAUCAACGAGUCUGGUCUGAAGAUCUUCUCCAUCGAAGACCUCCAGAACGCCGCCGAGAAGUCUGUUCAAUUCUCGAAGGUCGUCAAGAUGGCCCGCGAAAUCGACGUCGGUGUUGAGUUCACUCUCGGCAUCUAGGGCCUUUUCUUUAUUCUCCCCCAGUGAAUUCAGGAUGGAUUAAGGAGAUGAUAUUAAAGCAGGCGAGGAAGCAUCUGAUUCGAGACAAUGGGAAUUAUGGCGACUUUUCAAACCCCAUCAUUCCCGCCAGUCCCGAUUACAUUGUCUCUUCUCUUGUUUCAACCGGGGUGUCCAGCGUGCUCUGGUGCCUAGAAAUUGGUUUGCAGCGAAUGAGGUUACGGGAAGGGUGGGAUCUGGAUAAUAAUGGAAUUGGCUUGAAUUAGAUGGAACGUUGGGGUAAAGCUGGAGGCACUGUCAUAGAGAGCAUUGAUGGUUCUGUAUAUUGUCCAUUUCUAGGUUCAUUGCUUUUCUUUGUGUGUGUAUGUGUGUGUUAAAUGUAUUCUUUUCUCUUUAUUCUUGGAUCCCCUUGGAGACCCGAUGUUGAUACCAACGGCCAUUGAUAGUAGCAAAUGAUCAAGCGAAGCCGAGCUCACCAAC